CUGUUAUCAGCAGAUGUCCCCUCCCGAGGGAGGAGUGGUUGUGGAAGAGAUAAGAAAAACUGCCCACUUAACUAAGAAGACAACUGCCAUACAGAUGGCAAAUAUCUUGCCUUGCAAUCUGGGACAGUUCUCUUUAAAAACAGGUGAAUUUGUGCAUGCUUCUGAGACUGUGGUCAUGAAAAGGUUCUCCCAAGCAUCUUAACAAAUACUGUGCUAUGUGACUAGCAGAAAAAUCUCCAGAGCCUUUAGACAGAAGCUGUAUGUAUGAAGUGCCAGUCAGCACCUCCUUUUGCUUCACCUGCUAGCUUUUUGAGCUGCUGUGUUUGAAGUCUUCAACUCAGUUCUUCAGCUGUUGCUAGCGAACACACUUUUCUUGUUGUACAUCAUCUUCUUCUGCCUUCGAAGCUUAUACUACCCUUUUUGCAUCUGUUCACUUCCUAACUGGUUUGUCUGGGUUAUGCUUCAGUUAUCCUUAGUAGUGGUUAGUAAUGUGUGACUUUUCUGUUCUCAUUGUUUGGAAGGAAUUGAAGUGACAUUACUGUGCUUAUUUUAUUCACCAUGUGUUUGGUGGCACACUUUAUUGGGUAACAGAGGUGUAAUCUAGACCUUGUAACCUAUUUUUUAAUUUUUUUGUUUUAGUAUGGGAUUAUUGAAGAAUUUCUGUGUACUUAACAAUGGAUGGAGGGUUUAUGUUGGUAUUUACAGGGUUAGGUAGAUUUUGGUUUCCACUUUGCUUCAUGCUUGGAGGUAGAAGGUGGUAUGUGUGUUUAAACUUUGGUAGAUCCUUGUUGAGGAUUUUGUAGCCAUUUUGGGUAGCUCCAGGCUGAGAGCCAGGCUAGGGAGCCAAGAGCCUCUUCCAAAAGCUCUGCUUUCAAAUACAAAGCAGCAGCAAGGGCAGAGAAAAAUAUCUCAUAUACAGGGAUUUCUGCAAAACCUCCCCAAAAUGUUGAACUGAAAUCAGCUCAGAAAUCUGAAAGUAGUCAGAACACAUGAACUUUGUGAAAACGUGCUUUAUUUGUGUCCAGGACAAUUUGUCAAUCAGGAGUGAUCAGGUUUUAGGAGCAAUGACUGUGUUUAGUGAAUUGUCUGUAUUUUCUGGCUUUGUUAUAAGUUCUGAUAGUUCAAACCUUAAAAAUUAUGGGAACAGUGAAGAAUUUGAGGAAUUAUUCUCUACUUGGGAUGCUGUCUAAAAUGGCAUUUAUGAAGAAGCAAAUGGGUGUAUUCAUACCUCAAGGAAAACCAUUCCUGUAUUUGUUCGACUUGUAAUGCAUUGGCUACAGGAUGGUCUCAUUAUAGUCUGCAUUCGUUAGUGUUGCUUCAGUCAUGGUGUAAAACAGAAGCAGUCCUGGUUAGAAAUAUGUAUUAUUCUAAAAGUGUUAGGAUCAGAACAUGAGCAGCGUUUAGUGAGAAGAGGAUCAGAGUUAGCUGUGCAGCAGGAACAGGAUCUUCUGUGCCUGCAUAAGCCUCAGUUAAAUAAUGGUGUUGGAUACUGGUUAGACCGGGCUUGCUUUGCGGGUGGAAUUUGAUACACAGCUUUUAAACACAUACUCCACCCUGUUAGUAGCUCUUGAAUAAAGCUUUCAGAGUCCUUUGCCAACAUGUUGGGACUCAUGCUUCAAAAAUUUGAGUGGAAAGUUAACCAUUUUUUUGUUGCUGUAUCUUAGUUCAGGAAGUCAGCAACAUGAAAAUGAAAAUUCACUUUAUUUCCUUUGCAUGGAUUGCACCACUGGUUUACAAUUAGAGGUUGCAGGUGGAUUAUAAAGGGUUAUUCUCCUCACCAGUGCUUUGGGAUUGUUGACAGUAGUGUAUUUUAGGGUACAUCAGAAUAGUAAGAGAUGCUGAAUGAAAGAAGUCAUUGUUAUGAGUGUGUUACUAUGCUAAGCAUUGUUGAUGCGUUCUGCUGGUUUGUGAUUAAAAUAUACCGAACAGGAAUGACAUUGUGAUGGCCUGCUAAUAGAUUUGACUUGGGAGUUCAAAGUGAAUUGUGUAGUACAAGUGCGCAUUGUAAGCUUAACCUCUGGAUGUUUCUUAAGCAGCAGUAUGCACUGGUCUUAAAUAUUGGUGUUAAUUUUGUAGUCAGUAUGUUUUAUACAAAAUAGAAAACUUCCUUCAGAAAUUUUACAUUACCGAUAAUCUCUUGAAUAUUUUUAUAUCUUGUGUGCAGUUUCCUUAUGCUUGAAAAGGAUAUGAAAUGGUCAAGUAUAGAAGUUUCCUUGGUGUUUUGCUUUUUUUCUUUUCAGUUCUGUUUCAAAGUUCUCUAUUUACUGGGAAAGUAGUCUCUUAGAGAAAUGUGGUUUGGGACAGGUACUUUCAGUAAAAUUAAAGCUGAUGCUUCUUGGGGAAAAUUUAAUUUAUCUUUUCUCCAUAUAAAUUUUAUCAACCAUACGAUUUUUCUUUUAGUGGAAAAAAUCUAAUUGGAAACACAGGGAUGGCUUACAGUAAUAGAUGUUGACUCCUGUAAUGCCCUGGUAAAUUACUUUCAUUUCUGUUAUGAGCUUAAGUCUUAAAUAUCAAGUAGUUGAAUAUUGUGCUAUUCUUCAGAGGCACGGUUAAAUAAACUGCUAUUCUGAGCUGAUUUAAUUAUUUACCUGUUAAAAUAGAAUUUGUAAUAAGGUCUGAAAUAUCAGUGGUCAUGUCCUCUUUAUAGAUGUUCAAGAAUACUUCUGAAACUUAAGUGACUGCAGCUACUUGGUGCCUGGGUGUAUUACUUUCUUAUUACAGAAUAUAUAAAAAUAUAUUUUAAAAAAAAUCUUGAUACUCAUUAUUUAGAUUUAGUAUUCACUUGUUUGUUUGACCAUACAACGAAGGUAUCAACUUCCCUACAGUUUGACAAGCAGAAGUAGCAUCUUGGUCACCUGCUGUACUGCAGAAGUCCUUGUCUUAAGAACACAUCUGUUUGUGUUGUUUUAGUUCUUAGAAGGCAUCUGCAUAAAUCUCAUUUGCUUUUGUAGGCAGAAUGUCAGGUGCAUAGUGGAUCCACAGAUGUUAUUCUUCCCUCCCCUCCUCAGCAACCUGUGUAGAUCCCAGGCCAUCACCCUCUCCGGAUGAUUCAUCUGUAGGUUCAAUGUAUCUUUGCCUGCCUACAUCAAUCUGCAAGGGAGUGUCAGAAAGGCCCCGCAUUCGCCGAGCCGUGACACCACCCGUCAGCGAAUCAAAUUCAGUGAUGACCGAGUGUGCAAGAGCCACCUUCUCAACUGCUGCCCUCACGAUGUGCUCUCUGGAACUAGAAUGGACCUUGGAGAAUGCCUGAAAGUGCAUGACCUGGCAUUAAGGGCAGACUAUGAAAUAGCAUCCAAAGAUCAAGAUUUCUUCUUUGAGCUUGAUGCAAUGGACCACCUGCAGUCAUUUAUUGCAGACUGUGACCGGCGGACAGAAGUGGCUAAGAAAAGGCUAGCAGAAACCCAGGAAGAGAUCAGUGCUGAAGUUGCAGCUAAAGCUGAAAGAGUUCAUGAAUUGAAUGAAGAAAUUGGGAAACUGUUGGCCAAAGUAGAACAGCUCGGAGCUGAUGGGAAUGUGGAAGAAUCUCAGAAAGUAAUGGAUGAAGUGGAGAAGGCUCGGGUAAAGAAGAGAGAAGCAGAAGAAGUAUACAGGAAUUCUAUGCCUGCCUCCAGCUUUCAGCAGCAGAAGCUACGGGUUUGUGAAGUGUGCUCGGCUUAUCUUGGUCUUCAUGAUAAUGACCGACGACUUGCUGAUCACUUUGGAGGAAAACUACAUUUGGGAUUUAUUGAAAUAAGAGAGAAGCUUGAGGAACUCAGGAGGAUUGUGGCUGAUAAACAGGAGAAACGAAAUCAGGAACGUCUGAAACGUAGAGAGGAGAGGGAAAGAGAAGAAAGGGAGAAACUAAGGAGGUCCAGAUCCCACAGCAAGCAUGCCAAAAGGUCUAGGUCCCGGGAGCGCCGCAGACACCGCUCUCGCUCAGCCUCGCGGGAACGCAAGAGACGGACUCGAUCCAAAUCCCGUGAGAAACGGCACCGCCACAGGUCCCGCUCCACCAGCCGCAGCCGGAGCCGCAGCCACCAUAGAAGCAGGCACAGCUCCAGGGAGAGGAGCCGGGAGCGCAGCUCCAAAAAGAGAUCCUCUAAAGAAAGAUCUUCCAGAGACAAAGAGCGUUCAAGAGAUCGCGAUCGAACAUCCCGUGACAAAGACAGAAGCUCGAGGGAGAGGUCGCCGCGGGAUUUCAAAGACAAGAAACGUUCGUACGAAAGUGCUAACGGCCGAUCGGAAGAGCCAAGGAGCUCAGAGGAGCGUGAAGCAGGGGAGAUAUAACUGGCUGUAUAUUCACCUGAUCUCUAGCUUCCUAUGGAGUUGCAUACUUUGGUUUAGUUUACAGUUGUUCAAAGGGACACCAGUGAGCAGUUCCAACACUGAUACAACUAGGGUAGAUGUACAGUAUAUAAAAGUGGUUAUAACAAAGUCAGAAUUAAACCCCGUGAAUUAAUGGUGCCUAAAGCUGGGUCCUGGACUUCCACCAAGUUGUAAAACUUUCCUGAAAGAUUUCUCUCUAUUCAGGACAACAGUUUUAUGUACCAAGAUGCAGAUCUCAAUGUUUUUAAUCUCCUUUCCAAUACAAGUUAGUGAACAAAUUAUAUUGUACUACUUGCCUUGGGUGCUUUUGAACCUUUAUAAAUUCUCCAAUUCUGCUCCAGUCAAAACAGCAGCAUUGAGCGGUUGUAUUUGGGGGGAUUUUUUUUUUUGUUUGCUUUUUUGUAAGAGGGUGGGUGGAUGGAUAUUAACUUUUACUCUAAGAUUAUGUUCCCAGUGUUGGGUUUUAUUUUUGUUUGGGAUACUAGGAGUUGAUUACAGUGGGAGCAUUUAGACAGGAACAUGUGCUGGAGAAAGCGGAAAUGUCUUUUUACAGUGCCUACUUAGACUUGGAAAUUGAACAGCUGUUGCAUUACAUAUUUUUUAUUUCUACUUAAAUUUUGAAAUCAAAGCCAGUCCCAUAUCUGUACCAUUUGAUUGGUAUGUGUUCAAUAUAUUUGUUUUUUUCCAGAAGGACUCUUUCUGCUUUUUCUUGUGGAGUACAUCUUUAAUUGUAUUAAAACAAACAAAAGAACCAGCAACAACAAACAAAAAUUAAGAACAAAAGAAAUAAAAAAAAUUAAAAAGAAA